CGUAACAUGAGGUAGAAAGUAUCUGCAGGCAGGAGAAAUAACCGUAUAAUACCACAGGACAGGGCACCAGUAUGGCCGCAGCGCUCAAUGGAAAGUACGAGCUGGUAUCACAGGAAAACCUGGAGGAAUAUCUCAAAGCUUUAAAUCUGAACAUUGCUCUGCGGAAGAUUAUUUUACUUCUGCGCCCAGAGAAAGAGUUUGAAGUGGACGGUAACCGCGUGAUUAUGAGAACGCUCAGCACCUUCCGGAACUACUUCAUGGAUUUCAUCUUGGGGGAAGAAUUUGAAGAGGACAUGGGUAUUUUAGAUGGACGAAUCUGCAAGACCACUGUAUCCUGGGAAGAUGACAAGCUGGUGUGUGUACAGAAGGGUGAGGUCCCAAACCGUGGCUGGAAGCAUUGGCUGCAAGGAGAUCUAUUGCUUACGGAGCUGACGGCGGGGGAUGCAGUCUGCAUACAAACCUACCGCAGAGUAUAAUGGAGAAGAUUGUGACCCUGCAAACACGGAAUCUACCGGAUGAUGUCUCCAUAGGAAUAUGUUUUCGCUUGAUUGUUG